AUGCUUUGCAGCCAACCGGGCUGGCGUUACAUCCCAUAUCCCCCGGACAUUCCCACCAAUGCCGUGGGUCAAAACAACGGGAACGGGGUGACCACCACGGGUGCCAUACCAAUUGUGGAUUGUCAUGGCUGCAUGGUGGUGCUCAUUGUGGGGUCACCACAGAUGCACUGGCAAUCUGAGGUAGCCAAGCUGUUAGCAGAGGCCAUUGCUGCCAGCUCCCCCCACCUCAAAUUUUCACAGGAAAAGCUUUAUCACAAAUGGGGUGAUGGUUUUGCUGCACUAGCAUCUGGUCCAUCCCAUGGGGGUGGUGAGUCAUUCCCAGGCAACCAUGUACUUUUGCAAUCAGAACACAGCUUCAUGGAUGUGCUGCUAGAACACCCAGCCAUGCAGCAUGCCUCCGGGGUUAUGAAUCAUAAGUAUGUUUUGGUAGAAAUUCUCCACACAUAUAACCCCUUAAUGUACGAGGACUACCACCUGCAUCAAGAAGAGCUACAUGAUAAAGAGCUGCACCUUCGCUGCAACUUCCCCAACUCCGUUUGGUCUUUGCUUACAGUUAAUUGUGGGCCACAGUCUGUGACCAACCCCCAUGUGGAUGGUCGCAACCGUCCAGAUGGCUGGUGCCCUGUUCUCUCCCUUGGGCCCUUCAAUCACCGGUUGGGUGGUCAGCUUGUCAUUGAGUUUCCUCCAGGUUGUGUAAUUUUUCUGCCAUCUGCUUUACUUGUACAUUACAAUUGCCCGAUUCAGGAGGGAGAGCAUCGAUAUUCAAUCACUCAGUAUACUGCUGGGGGGCUUUUUUGGUGGGUCAAAGAGAAUGAGCAAGAGCUAAGACAUGUUUUGCAAUGA